AUCAAUAAUUUCAAAAUCCAGCAUUAGCCCUCUCCAAUAGAAAACAAAUCUCUCUCUUUCAACUUUCUAACAUCGCCCGUUCUAAAAAGCGCCCCCUAAACACUGUGUUUUUAUAUGCCCCACUCAACCCCCUCUUCCCCUCUCCAUCACAAUUCCUAGCUUUUCAAAGCUUCCACCUUUUUUUUCCCUUUCCCCCUCCAAAAGUUUUCCGGGAAAAGAAGAAAAUGUGCAAGAAAAUCUCAAAAAAGUCUAUAAAUUGAGGCAUACCCUUUCUCUUCUUCCCUUGUUUGUCAACAAGUUCCAUAUGUCCAACAUCACCAGCUAGCUUCUCAAAGCCUCUCCCUUUUCUUGUCCCCAAAGUUUCCCGAGAAACCGAGAGAAAACUCUCUGGAAAAUCUCCUUUCUAUAAAUCGAGCGAGACCCAUCUCUGUUCCUCGAAACCCAUCACCCCUCUCUCUUCUCAUCCCUUGAUUCAGCCGCAAAGUUCUGACCUUUUUUUUUUAAUAAUCUGCAAAAUCUUCAAAACGAAAGAUGAAAGAGUAUUGGACGUCUCUGGCUUCGCUUCUCGGCGUCUUGGCCUUUUGCCAGAGUAUAAUGCGGUCAAUAUUCCCACCAGAGCUCCGUUUCGCCGUCCUGAAAUUCUUCAACCGCGUCUUCCAUCUCUUCUCCUCUUACUGUUAUUUCGACAUAACGGAAAUUGACGGCGUCAACACCAACGAGCUCUACAACGCCGUCCAGCUUUACCUCAGCUCCUCCGUCUCCAUCACCGGAAACCGUCUCAGCCUCACGCGCGCCGUCAACUCCUCCUCUAUCACCUUCGGCCUCUCCAACAACGAUUCCAUCGUCGACACCUUUAACGGCGUCACUGUACUCUGGGAACACGUCGUCACUCAGCGUCAGACCCAGACGUUUGCUUGGCGUCCAUUGCCGGAGGAGAAGCGUGGGUUCACGCUCCGGAUCCAGAAGAAGGACAAAACCUUAAUCCUCAACUCCUACUUGGAUUACAUCAUGGAGAAGGCCAACGAGAUCCGCCGCAAAAACCAGGAUCGGCUUCUUUACACGAAUUCGCGAGGUGGGUCACUCGAUUCCAGAGGCUAUCCAUGGGAAUCAGUGCCGUUCAAGCACCCGAGCACGUUCGAUACGCUCGCGAUGGAUCCGGUGAAGAAACAGCAGAUCAUGGAGGAUCUGAGAGAUUUCGCUGAAGGUCAAUCGUUUUACCAGAAAACGGGUCGGGCGUGGAAAAGAGGGUAUUUGCUUUACGGGCCUCCAGGAACCGGGAAAUCGAGCAUGAUUGCCGCCAUGGCAAACCACCUCGGGUACGACAUCUACGAUCUCGAGCUCACGGAGGUUCACAGCAACUCCGAGCUGAGGAAGUUGCUGAUGAAAACGAGCUCGAAAUCGAUUAUCGUGAUCGAAGACAUCGAUUGUUCCAUCAAUCUGACGAACCGGAAGAAGAACAGCACAAAUCAGACCCCGAGGAGCUACUACGACCCGGAAGCCCGAAACGGGUCGGGUUCCGGCGAUGAUUCCGGAAAUAACAACACGAUCACGCUGUCGGGUCUGCUGAAUUUCACAGAUGGGCUCUGGUCGUGCUGCGGGAGUGAGAGGAUAUUCGUAUUCACCACGAAUCACAUUGAGAAGCUCGACCCGGCUUUGCUUCGAAGCGGGCGAAUGGACAUGCACAUAUACAUGAGCUACUGCACACUGCCGUCGCUGAAGAUCCUGCUGCUGAACUACUUGGGCUACGAGGAAGGAGAUAUAAACGUCGACGUUUUGAGGGAAUUGGAAAAGGUGGUGGAGAAGGCGGAGAUGACGCCGGCUGACGUCAGCGAGGCUCUGAUAAAGAACCGAAGGGACAGGGAGAAGGCGUUGAGGGAGUUGUUGGACGAGUUGAGAAGUAGGGCGGAGAGGAAUGUAAAAAAUGGGAAAUUGAGGGGCGAAAACGGAAUUUUCAUAGCGGCCGAGGAAGAAGAGGAGCAGGAGAAGAGGGCUUUGGACAGUCCUAACGAGGAUGAUGGCGAAGAGGAAGAGAUUGAGUUUGAGGACGGCAUUUGCAAGAAAGGGUGAAGCACAGCCGAGACAUGAGAUUAGUCCUCAACGAUAGACACAAUGUGAAAGUUGUGCUUUUCUUUUUUUGUUUUUUGUUUUUGUCGGUUCAAUUGAAACUUUUGGGUUUUGGAUGUGGGGAAUGGAAAAUGCAACCACAAUUAUCGGCUUACCAUACA